AUUUUAUGAAAGCAUCAAAAUACUAAAUUGAAAAUAGAGACUAUAACAUUAUUACAUGUGUUGAUUUUAAUCAAAAAUAAUAAUCAUUACCUCCAUUAAGGAAAUUAGGUUAAUCAUAAGACCAUCCUUUUCCAAGAAAAGCCAAAUUUGAAGUAGCUCAAGAAUAAGUAUAGAUGCAACAGACAUAAACCACUAAAGUUAACAAUUCUCAAUAAGACAUAAAAUAAAUAUAAUCAGGUUCUAUGAUGAAUGUUUCAUCAGUUAAAUUUGAUUUUAUUUCUUUUACUCAAGGAAAAUAAUAACCAUUUCAUGAUCUAAAGUAGGAAUUGAAGAUCUUGCACAAAAAAAAAGUAUCUUUAUCUAUAUCAAUAUUAAAGGGUGGAAUGGGUGAAAUUGCUGAUUUAGGAGGCUUGUGUUACCCAAAUUUUAAUAGGGAAUAUCAAGAUAAAUUCAAGGAAAACCAAACUAUAUUUAGAAAAUAAAAAGGAGAUUAUCCUGCUGUCACAGAUCCUAAAUUCUCUUAUGGACCUUUUAUGAAACCUUUUAAAAAGUUCAAGUUUUGA